AUCGAAUCGAAGAGGACAUAUCGGAGAUGAUUAUAAUGGAGGUCGGACACAUUUUAACAGUUGGGUUGUGUAUUAUACCAAGUUUGUUGUUAGGUCUAUCAUCAGCGAAACAAUGUGAACACACUAGUGUAACUGAAUGUUAUGAUCCGGUUUUAAAUGCAACGAACACCAUUCUAAAUCAGGAUCGUUCAAGCAGCUCUGGAAUCAAAGUGGAAAAUAUUUGGACAAUUUGCAGAUAUUAUUAUACAGCGGAAGGAUGUCUUCAUGAAAGAUUGAAAGGCUGUAAACGAUCCAAUCAGAUAAACAGGGACAAGGUAGCUUUGUACAGAGACUAUGUAGUGAGAAAGGGAAUUGUUGGUUUGUGUGACAAACCGGACAUCAUUCAAGCGUAUGGAAUAUAUAGUGAUUGUAUCUAUGACAAUUGGAAUGAUAUUGAAGUUUGCCUGGAGAAUAUUGCCGGACGAUUGAAUAACGCUUUGAUAAAACACCCCGAUGAUCUAGACCAUUCCAUCUCUUCACGGUAUUGCAGUUUUGUUCAAGAUAUUUUAAAAUGUUCUUACAAUCAUAUGGCAGCUGUGUGUGGACACGAAUCUGGUCAAGUUAUGAGAUAUUUAGUCAGAGAUUACCUUCCGAUCAAAGCUGUCCAAACAUGUGUUGAUGAAACGCUCCACGCACCUUUUGGUUAUGAUGACGUCAGUUCCGGUGGAGAUGAUGCAUUGUUUUUAGGUUUAACUGCACUGGUUGUAGGGGGACUUAUGUUGUUUAUUUCCAUGGCUGUUAUGUAAAAGAAUAAAGCUCCAGCAAACAAAAUUUGUUACCAAGUGGAUGUAUGGUAGUUUUGCUUAGAAAUAUACUCGUU